AUCGGUUCGAGCGGUGAGGCCAAUGUCGGACAGGCAGCGAGAACCUCAAUCGUGUCUUUAUGCAACGAGGUUUUCUGCAGUUCGCUACGGCACUUCGUUCUCGAAGAUUGCUUUGUUCUCGUUGUUCUCGCUCCUUUCUACGCUUCCAGCAUGCUGAAGCCAGCAAUGACGCCGGAUUGUCAUCUCCGAUUGUCAAACUCAUUGAAAAGAAGGUAGAAGAGAGAAAUCAACUACAGACCCAGGCAAGUUAAUGCGCUGGAAGAUAUGGGCUCCGCGGACAGUAAAAGGCUCAUGAAACAGCUAUCUGAAUCAGAGCCGUUUUGGAAUGCAUGGCAGGACUGGUCACGAACAAUCCAGUAGCUUCUUCGUGAAACGGGGGCUCUUCUUAAUGACCCCGAUCCAUACAUGCGGUCCAUGGCCAAUGAAGAAUAUGCAUCGCUCCAGUCUCAAGUGUCUGAACUUCUUCAGAUGACAUUCCCCACACUUGUAGUUCCACCUUCCAAGACCGCUCAUAUGUCGGCUAUCAUGGAAUUCAAAGCUGGCGUCGGCGGUUCCGAAUCGGCACUGUUCCUUGCUGAGAUGAUGCGAAUGUAUUUGCGGCUAGCGCAGACUUUUCGCUGGAAGACGAAUGUGAUUGCCAGCAAUCAAACAGAGAAUGGUGGCGUUAAAGACGCGAUUGUGGAGAUUAUGGGUGAAAAGGCGUAUGAUACUAUGCGUUUCGAGAGCGGCGUGCACAGAGUGCAGAGAGUACCCGCAACGGAGGCGAAUGGUAGAGUCCAUACGAGCACAGUUGCGGUUGUGGUGCUGCCCUUAGCUGAAGAGUCAAAUGCGGAGGCGCCAGACGAUUUAUUCUCGAUGGAUGACAUUAAGAUUGAAGUGAUGAGGUCUCGAGGCGCUGGCGGCCAGCACGUAAAUAAAACAGAGUCAGCUGUUCGUCUCACACAUAUACCAACAGGGAUAACGGUCUCGAUGCAAGACGAACGUAGCCAGCAUCAGAAUCGCCGACGCGCUUUUCAAGUUCUGAGAGCGCGUCUCAUGGAUAGAAAGCUCACCCAGGAGGUGGUAGACCGUCGCGAUGUUCGGCGAAAUCUUGUGCGGAGCGCGGAUAGAAGUGAGAAGAUCCGGACAUACAACUAUGCACAGGACCGCGUGACAGACCAUCGUCUAGGGCUCUCCUUGAAGAAUCUCGAAUCUGUUUUAGAAGGCGACUCACUACGGAAGAUACUUGAUGCCCUUGCAAAGAAGCAUCAAGACGACCUGUUGCAGGAGGAACUUGAGACUUCGUGAUAUAUCCGUUAUACAGUUCGUACAUGUUAUCCUGCUCUUUGUUGUAUUCCACUGCUAUAUUCUGUAAUUCAGCAUGGUCCUUCUCGCCUUGAUAACAUUGUGACCUUUCAAUCGUUUUGCAGUACUUACAUGAAACGGGAUAUGAUGGUAUAAUUGCCACUCAUCAAGGUUUUCAUUUCGCCUUUAUGUUUUAAGCCCAGCUGCUUUCUCCCUUUCUUCGCUAGUUUAGCAUUCAAUGACAACAAAAUGUUUACCGGAAUUGGUGAACUGAAGAUAGUGGCAGUGUGCACUUUGUCCACCAUCUCCUUCUAACUUCUAUUCAAACUCGAGUGGCCAUGUGUUACUAGG